AUGGCUGGGAAAAUUAAGGACAAACUCAGAAAACGCGAUCGAAUUUUUGCUGCUCUCGAUCGGCAUGUAGUUUUCUUGGAAGAGUAUAAUCCAGAAACUAAAAAGGGGCAAGUUCAAUCCCGUUUGGAUAAGCUUGAGGCAUCUUGGGAAGAAUUCAAUGAGCUUCAGGAAGAUUUAUCAGAAGAAGAUACAAAGGGCGAAUUAGAAGAUGAUAUUACGAAAGCGUACGCUGACUUCGAAGAACGCUAUUACGAAAUUAGGGCUAGCCUGCUGGGUAAAUUAGAACCUCCUCCAUCUCCAGCAAAUUUGGAUAACACUAUUGGUCGUAACAAUGGUGCUUUGGGUGCGCACACAGCCGUUCGGUUACCGCAAAUUUCUCUACCAGAGUUCAACGGGGAUUUCGAAGGCUGGCUUUCUUUCAAGUCAACGUUUGUAUCAUUGAUACAUGACUCUAAUGAACUCAGUGACGUGCAGAAAUUUCAUUAUCUGAAAUCUGCACUGAAAGGGGAGGCGGCCAAACUGAUCGAGUCUCUCACGAUCACCAACGGAAAUUAUAUGAUAGCGUGA